AAAUCGACAGCAGCAACAUUUUAUUGGGCGGAAUACAAAACAUUGGCGGUUUUGAUUAAUUUUCUUAAUUGUUUUUAAGGUUUUUGUGGGUUUUAGCAGUUCUCUAUUAGUGCUAUGUCCUGUAAUUAUGCAGAUGGACUAUCACCAUAUGAAAAUAAAGGAGUUCUCGGUGUCCCGGAGCGAUUUGAGGAUGAAGAGGCUAUCAAGGAGAAAUGCGAACAGCUAGCAAAGAUGAUUCUAGCAUCGGAGAGGGUUGUCGUGCACACAGGAGCUGGGAUUUCAACAGCAGCAGGCAUUCCGGACUUUCGGAGCCCCAAUGGAGUGUGGACCCUGGAACGCAAAGGAUUGAAGCCCACAAUGAAUGUUUCCUUCAACGAAGCCAUUCCCACGAAGACUCACAUGGCACUGAAGGCUCUCGUGGAAUCCGGGCAUGUGAAGUACAUUGUCAGCCAGAAUAUUGAUGGGCUGCAUCUGCGUUCGGGGCUGCAGCGACAAUUCCUCGCUGAACUGCAUGGGAAUAUGUACGUGGAGCAGUGCAACAAGUGCCACAGACAGUUUGUUCGCAACACUCCCGCCCCCACGGUGGGUCAGAAGGAGACCGGAGGCAUCUGCAAGGGUGCUGCGAAUUCACGACCAUGCCGUGGGGGGCGCCUCAUUGACACAAUCCUCGAUUGGGAGGAUGGACUACCGGAGAAGGAUCUUGAUAUCUCCUACAUGGAAUCUACCCUCGCAGAUCUCAAUAUUUGCCUUGGAACCACCCUCCAGAUCGUCCCGAGUGGGAAUCUGCCGAUUAAGAAUAAGAAACAAGGAGGGAAGGUUGUCAUCUGUAAUCUCCAGCCAACAAAGCAUGACAAAAAAGCUGAUUUGAUCAUUUCAACGUAUGUGGAUGAUAUUAUGGUGCGAGUACUGAAGAAAUUGGGACUUGAACUGCUUGAAUAUUCCCCUGAAAGUGACCCAACAACCUUUGAGCCCCAAUUUAUGCCAGAUUGGACAAUUUCCAGUGAUCAAGUGAAAAAUCUCGAGAAAAUCUACAAUGCCAAAGUCAAGGAGAGGCGGGAAAUGAACAAAAAGAAGAGGCCCAAUGACAAAAGUGACGAAGUUGAUGAGAAAAAGAGUAAAAUAUUAAUUAAAACUGAAGAAAUUAUUGAAAUAGAAUAAAAAUGAUAGAUAAUAAUUUUUAAAAUAAAUAAGUACAGCUAUGCA